AUGUUCACCGAUCAAAUCCCCGAUAAACCACGCUUCAGCAACAUCAGCGUCCCCGUUGCUAAACCAGAACUGGCAAACCCAACUCCCUUAACGCCAAUGCCAGAUGAUCACACCGAGGGCUGGGGUUUGUCAUUUUCUAUCAAUCACUUCCCCGAGUCGACUGGCCGUGCAGCUGGUUCAGCAUCUUGGGAAGGCCUGGCUAAUCUCUUCUGGUUCGCUGAUCGCAAGAACAAUAUCGGUGGGAUUAUUGCUAGUCAGAUUCUUCCUUAUGGCGUCGUCCAUACCCGAUCUGGUAAAAAGUCACGAAGCGGGGUUGCGUACUUGGAGUCGGAGCGUGACGCUCAGUUCAACGCCCUCAUCGAUGUCCUACACAGUGUCAAAAGCGACAUAUUCGAUCCCUUCACCAUUAUCCGAACAUACUAUGAGUCUGCAGGUAUUCAGAUAGGCGUCGAUAUUUUGAUUCCUCGUCGCCUCAAAAGCCACAGCCCUCCAGUCAUUGUCAGGAUCCACGGCGGAUUUCUAAUCACCGGUUCCAGUUUGUUUCCGGCUUGGUUCUCCAAGUGGGUUCUUGACUUUGCUGAGGAGCAAGAUGCCGUUAUCAUCAGUCCCAACUACAGACUACUCCCUGAGGUUAAGGGCCGGGAUAUCAUUCAUGACAUGGGGAACUUCUGGAAUUGGCUGCAUUCUGGGGGUCCUUCUUCGCGUCAUUUCGCAGCAAUUGGGCAACAAAAGCUUCAAUUAGACCUCAUCAGAACGCUUGUCGUUGGCGAAAGUGCCGGCUUUGUGAGACCCAAGGCGAUCAUAGCCCUCUACCCAAUGGUCGAUAUGAAAGAAGCUCACUUCACUGAGUCCUAUACCAAGUCAAUCGUUGGUGUACCAAACUAUCCCAACGAAGAUGUCAACAAGUUCCUUUCGGCCACCGUUGUCAAGCCUGCAAUCACUGAGGCAGAUCCACCCUUGAGACUUGAUUCGGCAAUGGCAGUUGUACACAAUGGGCGGUAUCUGGAGCUUCUCGGCGAGGACCCUGACUUGUUCAUCCUUGAUGGAAUCAGGAGGGUGGCAUUGACUUCCUCGAAUUAUGAGAAGUCUUUGUUUCCGCCUUUAUUUCUGCUCCACGGCGAGGGAGAUACCGCAGUGCCUAUUGAUGGCACCCGGAAGCUGGUGGAUUGCCUGCAGCGGUUUGACCCAAGUACUCAGAUCCAUCUGGCUGUCAGGCCGGGAGACCAUGGUUUUGACUUUAAAGCUACCAUUGAUGAGCAUUGGUUGAGGGAGGGUUUGAAUUUUAUUACUGUUCCUCCAGCGCUGUCCGAGAUCUCGCUCAAGCUAGCUGUAGGCCCAGCGUUGAGGUUACGAGUGUAA